CUGCAUAUUCCCGUUUUAUUUUUCCAGUCAACUCAUAAGUCUGGCCAACAGAUAGUCACAGAUUUUAUCAACAAGGAAGACCCACCGAAACCUGCGUCCUCAUCGAUUUCUGCUGCCAAUUUAGCGCUUCUAAAGCGUAGACAUCAGGAAUAUAAGCAUGCCGCUAUAAGCGCUCGCCAGAGUGGAGAUCUUGAGCGAGCUAAACAACUCAUGGUGGCUGUGAAGGCCUUAGACGAGACGAUUCCGCACAUUGAAGCUGGCGAGGAGCCGUUCAAUGCCGAAGAGGAUAUGCCGCCGCCACCGGAUGUAUUUGCUCCCCCAUCCUCACAGCCAUCGUCACCGCCCCAGCAGCAACAACAACAACAACAUCCACAACCAUCAAGUUCAGGUUCACCGGGUUCGGGCACGCUUGCUGCAGCUGCUGCUUCGCCUGUAGUGUCCAAGGAAUCGCUGACGGCUCGUGUCACCAUUCUUCAGGUAAGCAGUGCUUUCUUCUUCUCCGCAAACUUCCUAAUUUAA